AUGCCUUCCCUACCUGGAUUUGCACAAUCCCUCCCACUGUCCGACCUCCACAACCUCAACGGGCUCUCCGACUCCAACGCGCUGCGAGCCUGGACUGUUGCGCGUGCGGCCGAGUAUCACCGACUCGCAUCAACACUCCUCUCGCUGCACAACACCGUUGCCCCAAUCCACCGUGCCCUUCCUACAGAGAUACUCUCCGAGAUCUUUACCUAUUGCUGGGAAGAUGGAGAUAGCAGGAGCAUUCGCGUCGCUCACGUCUCUCGCCCAUGGCGCGAAAUAGUUCUGAAAACUCCUCGGUUUUGGGAAGAGGUUGCCACAGCUCCUGGGCCGAUGUUCGAUUUCGAAAAUUUCGACCUAUGGACGACAGAGAAACGCGAUGGUCGUGAAGCUUGCCUCGCGACGGUCCUCGCCCACAGCCAUCCCAAGCCUAUCCGCGUCACAGUAUACGGCCUACCUUUACCGAUCGCCACGGCCAUCCGUCAUCACAUCACACGACUUGUCAAACUGGACGUCACUUUAGCAUGCUUAGAGGGGCUGGCGUCGCUGAACAGGCUGCUUUCUGCGUCCCUCCCGCCCGGCGACGACUUUGAUCUAUCCUCUCAACAGCUGUCUGUAACAUGGUCUGCAUUUACCGACGAACCUGCCGCGGUCAUGCCUCGUCUUCGGACCCUACGUGUACCCAUGGACCUUUUCCCAUUUCUAGCCCGUCCGACACUGCAGUCGGUUCACAUCAGGCAACCGCUUUUUAACACCCGCGACUUCUCAAUGAGCGAUCUCCGCGGUGCGCUGAAGAAUUUUCGCGAGCUCUGGGAUCUCGAAAUCUUCUUCGACAGCACCGUCGGUCGCAGGUCUGUGCGGUGGCCAGAGGAUAUAGUCGAACGGCGGGUCCGACCGAGCGGGUCCCCUAUCCUACCCGCGCUGAAAACACUGAAGAUCUUCCACACGAUGCUACAAGCUCCCCUUUACCUCGACUACUUCACGUUCUCUCCGCAAGCAUCUAUCGAUCUCCACUCAUGCGGCUCCGAUAAAAUGGACCUCCAGUACGCACUGCCGUCCAACAGGGACUUCCUCGGCGCCCUCGUCUACCCAGUCGCCAGCGUUCACGUGGAGGAGGGCGCCAGAGCGAAGCGCAGCUGGAUACAGGAUCCCGCAGGCGAUCCCACGCACGCGACCACCACCGAGCCCCACGACACCCGCGGGCACCGCGUCCUCCGCGCCGUCUUCACCCGCACCCACCCGCACAUGCCCGUGAUCGUUUGCGUCGACUCCUUCGUCGAGCGGUUCCGCACCGUCGCCAGCGUGACCCGGCUCACUCUGCGCCUGGACCGCCUGUUGACGAGCGGCCUGUGCCACGGGAUCUUCCGCGCCUUCCCGUACCUCACCACGCUCGAGCUCGGUGGCCGUAGUAUGUUCUACAACAUGCUCUCCGGUCUCGCCAGCCCUGACGAUGACGCGGUGCACGGCCCCACGUGCCCACGACUGGAAACGCUCGUCGUCGGCGUCCCGGCGCUACACCCGGCAGAUCUUCAAGUACUACGCCCUCCUUUCAAGCUCCCGGCGACGCUUCCUCCAGAACGGGAACUGGCAUGGGAUACCGAGGCGCGAUGGGAGGUGGAGGCGGUCCGUGCGCUGAAAGGGACGUUGGCCGUGCGCGCUGCCCGCGGAGCCCGACUCCUUCGUCGUGUGGUGUGGGAAGUCCGUGGGUCCGAAGCGGCGGAGAGCAGCGACGUGGAGGAUGCGAUGGUGGGAGUUGAUUGGAACGGCCUGUAG